AUGAGUGUUGCUCAACUACGCCAGCGAAAUCCUUUCAAAUUCUCCAAUGAAAUUCCUGAACUUGAUCAGGACAAUCCAGAACGCGUCCUAGAUGAACAAGAACAAGAAGAGAUAAUCGAAAGGCUUGAGGAAGAAAAUGCAAAGAUUGCCCGGUCCUAUACGUUCUUGGGCACCGCUGUGGUUGGUCUUUCCUCCAUCAUCCAAAUCCUGUCCAUCAUCGGAAUUGUUGGUCCGGGAGGGCUCGCUGUCAGCUUGUUCGGCCUACUCCACCUCGUGGUCCACGCCCACGCCGCCCUCGUCCUACAUAAUCGAACCGAACUCGCCAUUGGUGAAAAAAAGUACCCUGUACCGCCUCUGCUACCCGCUCAACUCGCGGUCGGCCUCUAUCCGCUGUUGACGGCCCUUACCCAGGCAACAUUCGAUUGGGCGUUUGCUGCCAUUCCGGUCGUGGCCACCCUCGUCGCUUGGAUAUCCUUAAGCGCUAUCCGUGAUGGAAAGGUGUCCAUAAGGCAGCUGGAGACGCUCAAGUAUACGGCAAAGGGAGCGUGA